AUGAAAAUGAAGAUUGCAUCUGGGAAGAAGAUGAUCCAGGAAAAAACUUCAAACAUGGAUGAUCAAGGUAAACAGCUCGUCGUUUACAUUCCGUUGGUAAAUUUAUCAGCCAGAUUUGAUAUAUUAGCGGAGUUGCAAGAGGAUCAGAUACUAGAUAAUGAGAAUGCAGCUGAAAAGGACGCUUUGAUAAAAGAAAAUCGAGGGGAAGGAGACACAGAAUCUGAAACAGAAAAGAUUCCUGUAGAUGAUCCAAAAGAACAAAAUCAAGGAAACUUGGCUAUAAGUGAAUUUUCACAUGAUGACUCUCCUAUCUUACCGCCUUCUAAUUUGGAAGAGUUGAGGAAUAAACUCCAUUUUAAUGAAGCUUUUUCGUCUGUUUCUGGAAAGAUUUGGGUUCUCUGUAUAGCUGAAUGGUCAGUUCGAUUGCUAGGCGGUUCUGAACAGGUCAUUCAUUUGGAAGUUGAAAAUCAAAAAAUACCUAGGAAAGUGUUGGUAUCAGGAGUCUACGCGAAGUCAACAAGGCAGAAAAGGCAGUAUCUCUGGACUGAAUUGCAAGACUUCUCUGAUCAGAAUAUCGGCCAGCCAUGGAUGCUAGGUGAGGAUUACAAUGUAAUCAGAAAUCUGGACGAGUAUAGAGGAUCAUAA